AUGGACUCCAUGGCCGCAGACAAUGAGGAUUUGGAGGGCAUGGUCGCUCCCACGGACUUGUCUCCGGACGAGCUCAAGGCUGAAGAGGCCAGACGACGGAAUUCUUUGGCCGCAACGCUGGACGAGAAGGGCAUUAGUGCGGUUUUCGACCCGGGCUCAAGUGGCAACGGUGGAGCAUCUCCGAAGCCCCAGUUCGACGUGACCACGGUGCCAGGGAGCGAGAUGAAGCAGUUUCUUUUGAACCCAGCUCCGAAGUCUGCUGGCAUGAUCGAGUGCAGAAUCAUCCGAGAGAAAGGCGGCCUCAGCAAGCUCUUCCCGAAAUACAUUUUGGAGACAGAUGGUGGUGUCUUUCUGAUGGCCGCCAAGAAGCAGAAGAACAACAAGACGUCCAAAUAUGUCGUGACCAUGUCGAAGACCGACGAUACCGGCAAGGACGAGGAAGCUUAUCUCG